AUUGUCAGAACCUGUGAACCAGACAUUAAGCAGAGGUGAAAAUUCGAAGAUAUUUUCCCAUGGAUGUUCUGUAUUAGACUUCAGCAAAAUCCUUGAUAAGAUCCCACAUGGCAGCUUGGUCUGAAAGAUUAGGCCCCUAAUGCGGUCCACAGAAAGAGCAAGUUAGAUGGAUUUAACUUUAGCUUAAAAGUAGCAAGCAAAGUAUAGUGAUUGACGUUUUCUCCUCAUGAUCAAGGUGGGUAACUAGUGGUGUGCCGCCAGGGCUACAGGCUAUUAACUUUUAAAAUUCGUUAUUUUUUAGCAAUGAUUUGAAUGGGAGUGCAGAAGUCUUGACCAGUAAGUUCACGGAUGACAUAAAAUUAGUAGACUGUGCUGACAGUGAAGAUUGUCAUAACUUAUAGGUGAUCGAAGUUGGCAGGAGUGGUAAAUAGAUUGCAAAACCAACAACGGUUUCACGCAAGAGUUUGGUGAUUAUGUGAAGGGAACUGCCCGUGUAUGAGGCAGGCACAAUUGUCUAAUUACUGAAGCAGUUGGGAUGUGUAGAUGGAGUGAGGAAGCCAGGAGAGAACUGGAUCCAUCAUAGGAAAUUGGGACCAUCUUGGUGGGCACUGUGGUUGGCAUUGUCUCUUUGGGCAGAAGGGUUUGUAUCGGUGCUCUGUUGAUUUGUGACUCUAUCAGUAGGAAGCGUCAGAUAUCACUGAACAGACAUACAAAAGUUAAUAGAAACGGGGAAGGGUUGGCCCCUAAUCCAACUGCUGCUGCUAUCAUACAGGGGAUGGACCUGUUGUCAUAUUUUCAAUCGUUCUCUGACUCACUGUUUGCUUGUUAUGUAAUUCACAGCAUCAUCAGCAGGUGGAGCUUCCCCGCACUGGAAGCAAAGUGUAAACAAGUCGACGACAAUUAGCAAUCUUCAGUCAGAAUCAGAAUGGCUACAGGUGGGAAAUGGUUCUGGACAGCAGUCAAGAGAUUCUUCCCAGGCAAUGCAUCGAUGGAAGAUGAUCAGGACACGGGAAGCAAGGUACCAAAGCAGAGUCGGAUUGAGAGCGAUGUCCCAGGUGGAUGCAGUCCGGCUGCAGAGAAAGGCGAACAAAAUCAGCCCAGACAUAGAGGUAUCAGGGACAAUGAUCCGUGCUCUGGAACCAGCACAAGUGGGCUCACGGUCUGUGAGCUCGGAAGCUCAUUAAAGACGGAAUUGUCAAGUCCCCAACAAAGAGCGGACCCAGAGUCUACAAUCUCUGACCUCCUGGCAGAGAGGGCUGAAUAUCGACUAUACCAACUGACGAAAUUCUACAGGGACAGACUGAAACAAGCAAUAGAAGAAGGUGUUGAAAGACUCAGUUGGAUGAUGAGACAGGAGGGGCAUUUCACUGCACAGGAACAUGGGAAAGUCACUGAGCUGACAGAGAAGGGAAAACGGGCAGAAAGUUCCAGACUCUUCCUCAGUUUGGUGAUGGGCAAAGGCUCCCAGACUCGGAGGGCGAUGUGGGAAUCCUUUGUGACAUGGAGGACUGAGUUACCGAAGUUGGACAGAAUACUGAGGGAAAUACAGAAGCUCGACCCUGAUCCAGAGGAAUACAUUAACAUCGCCCGAGGGUUAUCUGAAUUACCCACUCAACUGAUAGACGUUCAACAGAUACACAAGGAGACUCUGCAGGCACAAACUGAAACACUGAGAGUGAACACGAUCCUGAUGAGGGAGAAGGUGAAGGUUUUCCAGCUGGUUGAUCGAUACGCUGAGCUCACGGUCAUUUCUACUGUUCGAGAUCGGAGUCUGGUGGAACAUGAGCUACUGGCAAGAGGCAGAGUCCACGAGGAGUGGAGACAGAAGCAUCCCAGUGGACAGCUGGAAAAAAUCGGGAUAGAUCAUUUGUUCCAGAGCACCUUUUCCCAGACUAAAUCCAAAUCUGGGAGUUCCGCAGCAUUGGUCGGAAUCCCUGGGAUUGGGAAAACAACAAUGGUGCAAAAGAUUGUUUACGACUGGGCCACAGGGAAAAUAUAUCAGCAAUUCCAGUUUGUCUUCAAUUUCAAAUUCCGGAAUUUAAACACCAUUAAUUGUCGGAUAAACUUGAGGGAACUGAUUUUGGAUCAGUAUCCUUACUUUGGGAAUAUCCUGAGAGAGGUCUGGAAAAACCCAGAGGGAUUGUUGUUUAUAUUUGAUGGUUUGGAUGAAUUUAAGCACACAAUUCAUUUUGCUGACAAUCAAAGAGAUAUAGAAUGCGACCACCAGUGCUCAGAUCCCGAGUGGUGGUGUGAAGUGUCUGACAUUGUGUACAGUUUAAUCCAGGGUAAGUUGCUCCCAGGGUGUUCAGUGCUGGUGACCAGCCGAACCACUGCAUUACCCUUAUUGGAAAAGGCAGAGAUUAGUGUCUGGGCGGAAAUCCUGGGAUUGGUUGAUGAAAAACGGAAGGAAUAUUUCAUCAGACAUUUUGAAGAUCGGACGGUGGCAGCAGCUGUUUUCGAAUAUGUGAAGGAGAACGAGAUCCUGUACACCAUGAGCUACAACCCCUCCUACUGCUGGAUCCUCGCUCUGGCACUGGGUCCCUUCUUCACACAAAGAGUCAGGGACCCGCAGCGUGUUCCCAAGACCAUCACCCAACUGUACUCCUACUAUAUUUACAACAUACUGAAAAACCACGGCCGUGAGAUUGAGAAUCCCCGUGAUGUGUUACUCAGGGUUGGUCAGAUGGCCUUCAGAGGAGUGUAUGAUAGGACGAUUGUGUUUACAGAUGGAGAUUUGAUCAAGAACAAUCUUCAGCCUUCCCAGUUCCUGUCCGGGUUCCUGGUGGAGCUAUUGGAAGGAGGGGAUGCUCCCCCGUGUGCGGUGUACACAUUCCCACACCUCACUAUCCAAGAGUUUGUAGCUGCAGUCGCACAAUUCCUGAAUCCACAUCCCGGGAAUAUCCUGAAAUUUCUCACUGAAGCCCAGAACACGGCAGAUGGGCGAUUUGAGGUAUUUCUCCGUUUUGUUGCUGGUCUCUCCUCCCCAAUGACAACUCGGACCCUGGAGGAGUUUCUGGGUCCAUUUCCUCAUGAAACAACCUGCCAGGUGAUUGACUGGGUGAAGGAGGAGGUUAAAUGCCAGAGUGGAAACACGAGGAGUGAAGCUGGUAAAAGGAGCCUCUUGAACACAUUGCACUAUCUGUUUGAGUCUCAGAAUCGCUGGCUGGCUCAGGCCGCACUGGGAUCUGUGAAAACACUUUCAUUCAGUGGAAUGACACUGACCCCGAUUGACUGCGCGGUCCUGUCUCAUGUCAUCGGAAUCUGUGAUACGAUAAAACACCUCGACGUGGAGAACUGUCACAUUCAGUGUGAAGGAAUCCAGCGGCUGGGACCCGGGCUGCACAAGUGCCAGGAGUUGAGACUUGGGGCAAAUAAACUGGGAGAUUCUGGAGUGAAACUGGUUUCUGCGGCUCUGAGGAACCCGGAGUGUAAAAUACAGCAACUGUGGCUGAACCAUGUUGGUCUCACAGAUUCAGGUGCCGUGGAUCUCGUCUCGACUCUCAGAACAAACCGAUUACUAACGGAGCUGAACGUCAGUGAAAAUGAACUGCGUGAUUCAGGAGUGAAACUGGUGUCUGCGGCUCUGAGGAACCCGGAGUGUAUAAUACAGACACUGGGGUUGAGGGAUGUCGGUCUCACAGAUUCUGGUGCUGAGGAUCUCGUCUCCGCUCUCAGUACAAACCCAUCACUGACGGAGCUGGACCUGAGUGAUAAUAAACUGGGAGAUUCAGGAGUGAAACUGGUAUCUGCGGCUCUGGGGAACCCGGAGAGUAAAAUACAGAAAAUUGAGCUGAAGAAGGUUGGUCUCACAGAUUCUGGUGCUGAGCAUCUCGUCUCCGCACUCAGUACAAACAGAUCAUUGACGGAGCUGAACCUGGGAAUUAACUCCCUCACAGACCGAUCAGCACCCGCUCUCUGUCGCCUCAUAUUGACCCUCCCAAAUCUGGAGUGGAUCCGACUGGUGGGGAAUCGGUUCAGUAAGGCCAGGGAGAAGGAACUAAGAUUGGUGCAGGAUCAGAGACCCGGACUGAUAGUGAUCCUUUGAACAUCUGAAUGCGUGAACAUCCCCACACUUAUGGUGACAUUUUCGCUGAUUCCCCAAGCUCCUCUUUAAUGCCCGCACUCCAGGUUUGAUUCCUAAUGGAUCUAACGGAACUGGCUCUGGUCUCGCGCUUUGUGACUUUUGAAGCUAUCCUGCAGUGACGUAUUUCCUCCUCUUGUCCAAUGCCGCUGAUUCUGACACAUGACCAGGUUCGAGAUCUCACACAAGUUAGGCUCUGCGGAAUUGCACAGUCAGAAAGAGCCCAGUGGCCGGGUUCAUUCUAGGACAUGAGUAUCCCGGGGUGGGAUUAUCCGGGGAGAGAAUCCUUUUGUUUACUUUGCUGAGGACAGUACUUUCGGCUGUCUGGCCGAUACAAUGAUCUUAAAUUGACAAAUACUUCGGCAGUGACCCUGGAUCUGCAGCGAUCCCGGACACGGCCCUGAAGUGUGAUUUUAUUAUCAGCGGUUCCCCGAUGCAGAGUGACGGUGAGAAACGGGACUGAUGAUUCAAUCUGUCACUCGUUGUCGCCAGUCAGUUAUUUGUGUGUGACUGUGAGUGAAUCGUGAACAGCUUAUUUAUUCCCACACGUUAGAAGCUCACACAUUGCUUAAUUUACAUUUGACAUGAUGAAAUCAAUAAACCGCUGUCACUUCCUGAUUUGGUGUCGGACUUGAGUCUCAUUAGAGGAGAAACAGUGACCUGGGGUUACUGCUGUCCCCCGCACCUGGUGAACUGCAAUAAUAGGUCCGAGCUCCUCACACUGGUACAGCAGCGUCUCAGCUCCAGGCUGAAGUAUGUCAGUCUGGUGGCGUCUUUUCUUCAGGACCUCUUCACUCCUCAUCCACCAGUCAGUCUGACACACCGCUUCCUCAUACCCCAGAAUCAUGCACUCCCCUGACCCCCACCUUCCUGCGUGCUCUCCUUGCUCCCGCAGACAACAACGACAAAAGAUAUUGGAAGCUCAUACACUGCAUGGUAUCUGACCUGCAUCGACAAAGGUCGCAAACAAGACAGGGAUGGGGAAUCGAACAGAAGCAAUCAACACGGUGUGAAGCUCCCUCUACACCGCCCAUCUCAUACCCCCAGUGUCUGACACUGACUUAAGCUCCCCACGAAGGAUCCCAUUACACACUCCCAGGUCACACACAUAGUGAAGCUCCCUCUAUGCCGUCCCAAUACACACUCUCCGUGUCAUGCCCAGAGUGAAGCUCCCUCUGCAUUUCACCAUCACAUACUCCCAUUGUCAGACACUGACUGAAGCUUCUCCUGCAUAUUCCCAUGACACACUCCAAGAAUCAGUCACAGUUUUAAUCUUCCUCCUACCCAUCUAUUCGCACAGUCCCAGUGUCAGAAACAGAGUGUACCUCUGUCCAUAUCAUCCCAUCAUACAUUUCUGGGUCAGACGAAGAGUGGUUCAUAAAACACAGUCCAAUCACACAUUCCCAGGGUCAAACACAGAGUGGAGCUCUCACCACGGCAUACCAUCACACACUUCCGGGGUUAGGCAAAGGAUUAAGUUACCCCCAGCCCUUCAGAACGCAGACUCCCGGAGUCAGCCAGAGUAUUAAGCUCCCAAAACACUGUCCCAACAAAUAGUCCUGUAGUCAAGCACUGUGUGAAGAUCCAUGUGCAUCGUUCCACCACACACUCUCGGGCUCAGACACAGAGAAAAUUCCCUCCACCCGAUCCCAUCGUACACUCUCAGGGUAGGACUUUGAGAACAUUCUCCCUCCAGACAGUCCCAUCAUAAAAUUCCUGUGUCAGACACAGAGAGUGACAACCUCAAUGACAUUAGGAAGGGAAAGCAAAGAGGUCCUGAAAAGAAAAUUUAGAAAGCCAAGUCGAAAGCUGAGAAGCAGGACCUCCCAGUUGGUAAUUUCUGGAUUGGUGUCUAUGCCACGGACUUGUGCAGAACUCUGUGACUGUUAACUUGCAGGUGGAGUCAGUGGCGAGGAAGGCAAAUGCAAUGUUACCAUUCAUUUCAAGGGUUCUAGAAUACAAGAG